ACGAACACGAUUCACUUGACGACGACGACCUCGACGAUAUCGACCUCACGGCGACGACAAACUCGACGACGACGACAAGGCAACGAACUCGGCAGGCCUCGGUUGGGUGGUAGGGACGGGCCUGGGUCCUCGACGAUGAACUCGACGAUGAAAACCACGACGACGACGACGAUGACAACGAGACGGACAUCAUGACAUCAACACCGACGACGACGACUACAACGACGACGACUACAACGACGACGACUACGACCACCUCGAUAACGACGACAACACCAAGGCAACGAUAUCGAAGGCCUCGGUUGGGUGGCAGGGACGGGCCUGGGUCCUCGACGACGACAUCAACGACAGCCUUGCGACACCAACCUCACGACACCGACCUCACGACACCGACCUCACGACACCGACCUCACGACACCGACCUCACGACACCGACCUCACGACACCGACCUCACGACACCGACCUCACGACACCGACCUCACGACACCGACCUCACGACACCGACCUCACGACACCGACCUCACGACACCGGCCUCACAGCAACGACCUCGCGCCACCAGCACUGACGACGACCUCGACAAAACAACGAGAUCUACAGGCCUCGGUUGGGUGGUUGGGACGGGCCUGGGACAACGACUAUUUAGCACCUCUAAGAGCGACGUUCUCUUUGCGCUGCGACACUAGCCGAGGAUGAGCAGUGGGGACUGGUCUUCACACGACAGAAUCUGCUCAUCAACAACCAUCUCGAUAUCAACCUCUUCGACAGCAACCUCAUCGACAAGAACCUUCUU